UCAGACUUGUAGAGCAACUUCUGCUGGGAAAUUUUGAAGGAUAAAGUUGCUGUACCAUGCGGGACAAAUUAAUGAUUCAGUUUAACCGUCUGUGCCAGCAGUUGUGAAGAAAGUUUUCUGUUGAUGUGUUAUGAGUUGGCAGCGUAGUAUGUGUUAAUGAUCUUUCAAACAUGAGUCUCAAAGCAUUAUGGAUUACUCAUGCAAAAGAACUGUAAUAUGAGUGAGGAUUUCAAGGACUAACAAAUUACAAAAGGGGUGAAAUUCCAGUACAGCAUGAGGACAUUAGCAUAAUUUGCAGGUGCGUUGAUUUGACAUCGUGUGCAGGACCAAUUAAUGCUAUGCUUUCUGUAUGACUGCAUUGAUUGAAUGACUGAAGACCUUAGUCAUAAAGACCUUUCAGUGGAGAUGGUAGGACAGUCAAGACAUGUAAUGGAAACUUGGAGUCUGUUGCUCACUUUAACUGCCCAGCAAUAUGGUAGGACAGUCAAGACAUGUAAUGGAAACUUGGAGUCUGUUGCUCACUUUAACUGCCCAGCAACAUGGUAGGACAGUCAAGACAUGUAAUGGAAACUUGGAGUCUGUUGCUCACUUUAACUGCCCAGCAAUAUGGUAGGACAGUCAAGACAUGUAAUGGAAACUUGGAGUCUGUUGCUCUCUUUAACUGCCCAGCAAUAUGUUUAUUAACUAAGCUUUCUGUCGAAGCUGAGUAACAUUACCAACCGAGCAAAAUGCAGGCUUUUAACAGACUGAAGCAUCAUGGCGUAGGCAUCCUGACACAGUGUUGCCAGUGUUCAAGAAAACUUUCCCGAUAUGUGCACAAGUUCCCAAGAGACGAACUCUUGAAACUCCUACGGUUUAUUCAAACUGCUCAGACAAAAUCAAGCUGUCUUUCAUGUGAGGAUUCUGUGAUGCGAAAUUCCCUGUCCACUUUACAAGGCAAGACAAUUCUUAGUGAUGAAAGUAUGGCAGGAAUUCUGGGAAGUCAUCACGUUCAUGGAACUCGCCAGGUGCGCUGUUAUCAACGACCGUAUCGCAGGUAUUUAAGCCUUACACCAAAGAUGAUAUCGGCCUCCCCAUACGAUGCCCGCAUGAAGGAUUACCUGGGCGAUCUCAUGACCAAUGCUGCCACCUGGCAGGUGAUGCAGAGCAGUGGCUACUACCCCGCAGGCAACGGAGAAUUCUCCACCGAUCUGAAACGCUUUCUUAGUGAGGUUGGCACAGAUCCUCGAGAAGCUCGCUAUUGGCUGAAGCAAUUUAUAAAUCUUGAUGCCAACAAACCCUUUGCUGUGAUCCAGGUUGGCAAUGAUGUUUUCAAUCACACGCAUGAGCUGGAGAAUCUAGUCUCAUGUAUUUCUUUCCUACAACGAAACCAAAUGCGACCAAUUGUAAUCCAUGGUAACCAUGUAUCCAAAGAUAACGUAAUCACCCCUGAUGAGCUGAGGACGCACCGGUCCAAGCUGUUGGGAGAGUGCAUGCUACUCACAAGCAUGUUAGAAGCGUACGGAACGCACGCGCGGCCGCUGUUCAGUGGCUGCACUCUCAUACAGGCACAUCAGUUUGGACAGUCCAGCCUGAGUGGCACCGCCUCUACCAUCAACAGCGACCCCAUCAAAUGGUGUCUGCAGACGCGUCAUGUCCCUAUCAUCCCCGCGGUAGGGGAGACACAGUCAGGGCAGAUCUUACUCCUGGACAUCUGGAGUGUUACUGAGGCCAUCGCUGUCCUUUUACAGCCUCUCAAAGUCAUGGAGAUCAACACCGUCGGAGGCUUCACAGACGAGGACGGACAUGUGAUAGCCAAUGUGAAUCUGCCAACGGAUGAAGUGAAUAUGACAGAAAAACCUUGGUGCACACCAGACAAGCUAUAUCAGAUUCAGCGAAUCACCCGUCUUCUGGAGAAGAUGCCGAGUCAGAGUUCUGUGGUUUUAACGUCCGUGGAUAAGAUGCUACAAGAACUGUUCACUCAUCACGGAUCUGGAACCUUCUUUAAGAUAACUGAGCCUGUGAGGAAAUGUACCAGUCUGUCAGAAGUUGAUGUGUCCAGACUAACACAGCUAUUGACACGGUCAUUUGGGAAGGAGCUGAAGGAGGAUUAUGUAGAGAAAAUAGAGAAAAGUUUCCACACACUUUAUCUCUCUGAAGGGUACAACGCUGCUGCUUUGAUUACAACAGAGGGCCUCAAAGUCCCAUAUCUGGACAAGUUUGCUGUGUCGAUGAAAGCCCAAGGUGAGGGGACUGGCGAGAUGGUCUGGGAAUGUGUCCGCAAAGAAUUCCCGCAGCUGUUUUGGCGAUCCAAGGGAGAUAAUCCCAUCAACCCAUGGUAUUUCAAGAAGUCCGAAGGUAGCUGGAGUGAUGGAAAAUGGACCGUGUUCUGGUAUGGAGUUGGUGAACAUCAUCUGUCGUCAGAGCUGAUUGAUUAUGCGUUAAGACUAGAAAGUUCAUUCGUUGACUGAAGAUUUCCAGAGGAACGUUCAUGGAUUGACAAACAACUGAUAUGCAGAUCGGAAGGAUGUCCAUUAGCUGGUCCACAAGUGAUUGAACACUCAUUGGUCGAAAAGCAACUUAUUUGCAAAUAGCGUAUUCAUUGGAUGGGAUACAGCUGUUCCAUAUUCAUCAACUGACUGAAAUGUGGAGUAUGGAUUCUCUUUGGCUGAAAUGAAACUAAUUUGCUUAUGAAUAUGUAUAAGCUCAGAUCCAGAUGAUUAGCAUACUGUUGUUCAUUGGUGAAACUACAGUUAAUUUGCAUAUGGACAUUUUAAGACUGCUGUGCGAUCAAUUUGCAUACUAACACACCCAGUUGGUUCCACCACUUAGAUCUUUAUCUGAUUGAGCUGGUAUUUUAUUUUGUUUCAUGUUAUGUUAUUGCUACCUUUGUUAAGUGUUUUUUGUUUGACCUCUUAAAGACUAAUUUACAAAGUAAUAUGCUUCCAAGAAAUGUUAUUUUUUUGUGCCAUUUCCACAAGGCUCAACUUGAUCUCGUGUCGCAUCUAGUCACAGUUGUAAUGGUUGGUAAAGUAUGGUUUUAUUUAGAUUAAGAAGGCACAAUAGUUUUAUAGUUGUGAGGUUGGUUAGUGUGUUUGAGGGAAAUCAGCCUACCUCAAUCCUGUGCUAACUGUCAGAUGGUAAAAAUACUCAGCGACUCUUAGCAGCCUGGCACUCUUACCCAUGGAGGGAUAUCUCAAGAGACGACAAAAUCGUAAAAGUGAAAGAUAGUCACGAGUACUGCGUAAAAACACCAAUCAAAUCAAACCAAAACAGUGGUUAAGGGUUGUUCACAUAGCCUAAUAAAAAAAGAGAAAUAGCGGGUAUCUCACAUGGUGAAUAAUUAAACUUAGGAAAAAUUAGGUUUUUCAUUUGACAAAUAGAACAUUGAAUUAUUCACACGAGAAAAUAUGGAAAUUUGGUGGCUCACCUGACAGGUUAGAAAAAUCGAAUUAUUCACAUAACAAAAUACAGAAAUUUGGUGGAGAUCCUGUUACCACAACAAACAUU